AGAAUAGGUUUCUGACUUUUCAAUGCUAGGAGAGGGUGAUUAAUAGACACUAGAAUUCGUCCACUUUUAUUUACUUUCUACUACAGGAGUAAAUGCCUGCACUUAUUUCAAAUCUUUGACGGACGGAUGUAGCGAUAAAUUAAAAUUUGUGUGUCUUCACAUAUUGCCAUUUGUGUGAAUCUUCAUAUAAUAUUAGACGUUGUAAACUGUAAAGUAUUCUUGGGAUGAAUAGAGCCAAUCUCCUGGAAUUUUAUUGAAAUAAUUUGCUGAAGCAACGGAUAAAAGAUAUUAGAAUAAGAUAAGAAAAUAUAAUGAUGGAAGUGGAGAAUUUAGCGGAAUACAGAUCUCUCUUAAGGGAAAGAAAUAACGUACCAUGGUACCAAAGAAUAAAACAUGCUUACCUGAGACAGCCUGCCGAAAGAAGAAUAAUAGCCGCAAUUUUGGUGUGUUUUACAAUCGGCGUCACUUUUAUAGCACUAAAGAAAUCUUUCAUUGAUUCUCGUUCUACAGAACCUGUUUUAAACACAAAUGAAGAAAUAUUAUGGCAUUAUAAUACCAGUGAAGAAAGAGAAGAGUUUUUAAGGUUAUGGAAUAAUGCAAAUGAAACUCUUCUCCCCCUGAUAGGAUCCUACGGAGAACAAGAAAAUGGAAAAUAUGAUAACACAUCAGGGGAAUUUGCUCAUUGUGAACUUAUUCUAGAAACAGUAAAAAGAUCACUUAAACAAUGUGUCAGUCUUCAGAUUUUACCAAAAAGAUGCAAGAAAUUGCUUUUUUUGAAGAUGAAGUGCACAAAAGAAAGUCUUUUCUACAGAAAAAUGGACGGAAGUUGCAACAAUUUACAAAACUUUGACUGGGGAAUGACUGGUGUUAAUUUUAACAGAUGGUUGAAGGCAACUUACACAGACGAUGUUUCUAUUCCUCGUCAAUCAGUUUAUGGAGGUGAGCUUCCACCUGUUAGGUACUUGUCGAAUCUGUUGUUUUCACACAAGACUACUGCAGACUCAAAUAUGACUAUGUUCUUUGCCCAUUUCGGUCUUUUUCUUGAUCACGAUAUUGUACAAGUUGGACAAACGAAAGGUAAUUAUUCCAGCUGCUGUGAAAAAGAUCGAAAAUAUCGCCAUCCAUCCUGUAUGAGAAUUAAUAUUGCAGAGGAUGAUCCUCUUUAUGGUCCUCUUAACGUAACCUGCAAAGGAUUCUUAAGGAGUCCGCCUUUUACCGGAAGAUGCCCAGGACGAAGAGAACAACAAAAUCGUAUGACAUCAUACAUCGAUGCAUCCGACAUGUACGGCGCGUCACACGAAGAAGGAAAAAGGCUGAGAACCCGCAAGAAAGGUUUAAUGCGCCAUUCCAUUGUUCACGAUACUACACUUUUACCUGAAUCAAAAGAUUCUGGAAAUGCUUGUUACGCCAAACAUGCUAAUUACAGCUGUUUUCUUUCUGGUGAUAUCCGUGUUAACUUGCUGAUGCCACUGAUGACAGUACAUACGAUGUGGCUGCGGGAGCACAAUCGUCUUGCAUCCGAGCUGAGUCAGAUCAAUCCGCAGUGGGAUGACGAAACCUUGUACCAAGAGAGCAGAAAAAUAACCAUAGCUGAAUAUCAACAUAUCACCUAUAAAGAAUUUCUACCGAUUAUAUUUGGUUCUCAACGAAUGAAAGAACUUGGUCUUCUUAUUGAAGAAGAUAAAACUUAUAAUGGAUAUGACGAAAACACAGAUGCUGGAAUACACAACGCUUUCGCUUCUGCAGCUUUCAGAUUCGGCCACACCUUAGUACAGAGUAAUGUGCAGCUAAGGGAUGAAAAUUAUGAUAUAAAGUCUGAGAUACCUUUGCAUGAUACAUAUAUGAAUCCUAGCGUCCUCUACAAUCGAGGGUUUGAUGAUGUUGUUCGUGGAAUGGUCGCACAGAAAGCACUGGAACCUGGUCAUUUUACUUCAGAAGAGAUACGAGGUCGAUUACUUCAGCGUUAUUUUAUGACUAAUGGCUACGAUUUGACUGCUAUGUCCAUUCUCAGAGGCAGAGAUCAUGGAAUUCCAUCCUAUUUGAAUUGGAGAGGAUUUUGUAAACUUCCAGUACCAAAUUCGUGGGAAGACAUGAAGAACUUUAUGGAAAAUGAUUAUGUUGAAACUUUACAAGAGGCUUACAGGUCCAUUGAAGACAUCGAUCUGAUACCUGGGGCAAUAGGAGAGAAGCAUUUAGAGGGCGCAUUGCUUGGACCUACAUAUAUCUGCCUUCUGGGUAAACAGUUUUCGAACUUGAGAAAAGGCGAUCGCUUUUGGUUUGAAAAUCUGAAUCACCCUGGAGCAUUUACUAAAGACCAACUGAAAGAAAUUUAUAAGAUCAGCCAUGCACGAAUUAUUUGUGACAAUUCUGAUGAUAUACACAAGGUUACGAUGAACCCAUUCUUCACACCUUCGGAUGAAAAUCCUCUUCUAGAUUGUGAUGAAAUCCCUAAGAUUGACUUGAAUCAUUGGAAGGAGAUGUAAAUCUUGAAAGUGCAAGAUGAAAAUCUUCAGCUCAAACAAAAAAAUCACUAGUGUCUGUCUUCAUUUCAUUUCAUGGUUCACAAGUUGUUAAUGUUCUGGAACAACUCAUAAUUGGACUUCAAUCGCAAAAACGCCGAAGUACAAAUUCUAUUUGGAGAGAACCGAAUUCGUCAAAAGAAUCUGUAGUGGUCUUCAACUUUGGACUUCGAAUUAUGUUUGUGCAAUGAUGCUUUUCUGAAAGCAAACUGUAUAAUGUUAUGUCUGGGAUAUGCUUAUUUACUCUGUCUUAAAACUGCAGUUUUUUUGUUUUUUUUUUGGUAAACAACUGUGAUUUUGUUAAUUGUCGGUAAAAUAAGUCUCUUAUGUUAUUGAGUUUCUUAUAAUUAGCAAACAUUUAAUUUCUUAUACUGUCCAAUAAACUACAUAAAUGUCGAUGUAAGUUACCAUUCCUAUAAAAUUAUAUAAAUAUGAAACACUUAAUUUCUUAAACAUAAAUCACACAGUUAACUUAUUAGUGCAUGGAUCGAAAUGUUGCGUCAUAUCAUAAUGCAUGUGUUCAUAAAAAUAAAAAUAAUAAUAUAGUUCUUGUGGAGUUUAUGAUCUGUUGGGAUAAAAAAUUAAGAAGGAAUUUUAACUUUAUUUUUAAUAAAUGGGUGUUUGCACCUUACUUGAAUUUAUUUUACCUCUCUUUGGAGUUAUUUAAUGUAUGUGAAUAUUUAUUUCUUGUAGUUUUACUUUUCUGCAAAUUUUAGUGCAGUUUCAAAGAAAUGUCAGAAACAAUAAAAUUUUUAAUAUUUAUUCGGAAUUGAUUGACCUGACAUGAUGUUUCUGAAUACAUUUUUAAAAAUAAAUUUCUAAAAAUAAAUGGUUUUUUGCUUCAUUU